ACACACAAGUACAAAGUGGUAAAUAUCGAUCACAUUCACUUUAAUUUGUGUUUCCUUAAAGCUACUUUCCGCAUCGUAGAACACUUAUAAAUUAUACUAAAUUAAACACGCCUACCCAGGAAGGAUUUGUAAUAAAACUGACUACUUUGCUGUUGUAAAAAAGAUUAGUCUCAGCAACACGAACUGUCGAAAAUGAGUAGUGCAUUCGAGAAAUCGGUUCUUGAAUUCUCAUUACCACUAUAUCAAGCACUAGAAAAAGAAGGAAAUGUGUUUAUGUCACCGUACAGUGUAUCUGCCGCGUUGAUGUUACUUCUUUUGGGAACAGAUGGUGAUACUAAAACAGAAUUAGAAACGGCAUUAAAACUUCAGGGACAAACAGGUUCUUCUGCCCAUGAAGGAUACAAUUCACUGCAGAAUAAACUGUGUUCUAAAUCAGGAAACGGUGUAUUAGUGGCAAUAGCCAAUAGAUUAUUUUCGAAAUUAGGAGUAGAUUUGAAGACAAAUUUCACCGAUGCUGCCCUGAAAUAUUAUGGCAGUGAAGUACAACUGAUGGACUUUGAAAACAAAGCUGAAGAAGCAAGAAUUCAGAUUAACUCUUGGAUAGAAAAACAAACCAGGGAUAAGAUAAAGGAUCUUCUAACUCCGAAUCUUCUGACUAAGGAUACAAUGAUGGUUUUAACAAAUGCUAUAUAUUUUAAGGGUGAUUGGGAGCUCAAGUUUGAUGAAGGAAAUACUUCCAGGCAACCCUUUCACGUCAGCGACGAAAAUGUGAUCGCAGUAGAUAUGAUGUUUGGUAAAAAGAAAGUUAUGUCCGGUGAAUUUGACGAGUUGGAUUGUAAGUGUUUGCAACUGCCGUACAAAGGGGACACACUUUCUAUGAUGAUUAUUCUACCAAACAAAAAGAUGGGUUUGACUGUAUUAGAAAGUAAUCUGACCGUUUCGACAUUACAAAAAGCCAUUGACAGUACUUAUAAACAAGAAACUAAUAUUUCCAUACCGAAAUUUAAAAUAGAGGCUACAUUUGAUCUGACUAAAGUUUUACCAAAGCUUGGCAUCACAAAAAUAUUCGAUACUAAAGCUGACUUUGGUGGGAUAUAUCAAGAUGGUGGGAAAGAUGUGUAUGUGAGCGACGCCAUACACAAGGCUUUUGUUGAAGUGAACGAGGAAGGAACAGAAGCAGCUGCUGCCACCGCUCUUGUAAUGACCCGGAUGAUGAUGCCACUUCCGCCAUUUGAGUUUAAAGCAGACCACCCGUUCUUGUUUUUAAUCCGUGAAAAUGAAUCUGGAACUAUACUUUUCAUUGGCCGAUAUUCAAAGCCGACUUAAAGAUUUGUUUAUGCAUGUAUUGACAACAUUCAAACAGUGAAGUUUCAUAUGCAUUGGAACAAUUAAGAGUAUCAUGUAAAUUUUCUUUUUAAUUUAACUAGAUUAUAAUUAUACUUGUAAAAGUCUGCUUUACUGAAAAUUGCAAAACUAAAUAAUACAUAUACAAAUAAAUAUAGUUUAUGGA